AUGACCGAAAGGAAGGGACCCAUCCCUCAUCUCGCCGAUCUGAAGCAGACGUCCUUCGCCAGCACGUUGGACAGUCUCUCGCGUCGCGGCCAGAACAAGGAUGAGGAAGGCUUCAUCAUGGCCGGCUUCGGCAUCAAGAAGGAGAAAAAGAAGAAGAAGCUGAACAAGCGCGAGAAGGAGUGGCGUGCGCGACGCGAGGGCCUCCCCAUCGAGGGCAGCAGCAGCAGCGGCACCAAGAACGUCACCUUCGCCACACCCUCCUCGCCCGCCUCCUCUUCGGGCCUGGCUACUUCGCGCCGCUCUUCCGAAGGCGAGAGCUCGCGCGAUUCUGAAGAGGCCGUGCGGAUCGACGUAGAGGAAGAUGACGAUGAUGAUGAUGACUCGUUCGCCCCCGCUCGCGGCCGCAAGGACGUCGACGAGAACGAGAAGGCGGCCCUCCUUCGCAUGCGAUUCAACUCUGAGAGCGAAGGGGUCGGCAGCGGCAACAGCAGGUACCCUAUGGACAGCGACGACGAUGACGACGACGAUGACGAUGACGAUGAUGGUGAGCGAAGCAUGAUGCGAUCGUCGUCGGCGCGAUUCGACCCUGCACAGCAGCAGGCCAACAAGAGCUGCGCCGCCGAGCUCGGUGAAUACAUGCAGGAAAUGGGCGAGGAUCUCAAGGCCAAUCUGGGCUACAUGAAGGACAGCCUUCUGACCAAGGAGGGCUGGCUCCUUACACUCAAGCGCAUUAAGGCCGAUUGGCGCGCCGCCGGUACCGUGGGCCUUGUGAAUCUGCCCCUCUCCAUCUCCCUUGCUGUCGCCGCCGACAGCGGUCCUGUCCCUGGCGUGUCCACGGCCAUCUGGUCGGGUCUCUUUACCGCCGCCUUCGGUGGCUGCGUCUACAACAUCGUCGGUCCCACCGGCGCUCUUUCCGGUAUCCUGGCGAGAAAUGUGUCGAUGUACGGCGUCGAUUCGCUGCCCUACCUGGCCAUCCUCACCGGCAUCAUCUGCCUGAUCGUGUUCCUGCUCAAGUGGGAGCGCUACGUCCUGCUCGUGCCUUCGUCCGUCAUGGAGGGCUUCACUGUCGGUGUCGCCUUCAUUAUCGCCCUCAACCAGAUCAACUUUGCGCUCGGUCUCGGACAAAUACCACGGCACGAAGAGUUUGUAUACAACGUCAUGGAAUCAUUCCGCUACGCAACCGACACAGAUCCGUGGUCGUUAGGCCUGUUCCUUUUGUCGGUGACGAGCCUGUACAGUCUGAUGAUGACCUAUCGCAAAAUCCCGUGGGUCAUCAUCCUCUGCACGCUCGGCAUCGUCCUCGGCUACAUACCCGCUACGGUGAUGUACGUUCGCCAAACCCGAGACAUGCGCUGGAAUGGAAUGCUCGAGUUCGUGUUGAUCUCGUGGCCCGAGUUCAAGCUGAGCUACAUCACCAUCGACUUCCUCUCGUCGGCGCUGUCGAUCUCGUUCGUCGCCCUGCUGGAGACCCUCAUCUCGGCCAAGAUCGCCGACACCAUGACCAAGACCACCUUCAACCAGCGCAAGGAGGUGUUCGGCCUCGGCCUCGCCAACAUCGUCACCGGCAUCGUCGGCGGCAUCCCCGCCACCGCCGCCUUGGCCCGUACCGCCCUCAACAUCAAUACCGGUGCGACGUCGCGUAUGGCCGGCAUCCUGCAGUCCAUCUUCGUGCUGCUGCUGUCGUUCUUCCUGCUCACCUACUUCAAGUACCUGCCGCUCCCGAUCGUCGCGGCCGUGAUCGUGAUCGUGGCCAUUCGCAUGGUGGACCACCACCACAUCGUGCGCUUCUGGAAGAUGGACAAGACCGUCUUCUUCCUCACCUUCUUCGUGGCCGCCAUCUGCGUGCUGAUCGAGCCCACGUCCGGCAUCGUGGUGGGCAUGGUGCUCGCCCUGCUCAUGUUCUCCGACAUGACCUCCCGCAUCCACUCGGAGCUCGUCAUGACCGACGACGACGGCAGCAAGAAAUUCGUGAGCGACAAGGAGAUCCAGGUCGGCGAAGUCGAGAAGUCCAAGCGCGAGCGGAAGAAGCAGCACCUCAAGGAGCUCAAGUCCGCCGCUGCCGACGAAGACCAAGAGGCCCAGCCCAUCGUGCCCCGCUCGGAGGUGCACAAGGGCAAGAACGCCGCCGUGUACCGUAUCUCCGGCCAGCUCACCUACAUCAACGGCUUCGCCCACAAGAAGCGUUUGCUGAUGUUCCGCAGCUGUGACUGCAUCGUCAUCUCGCUCCGUUACCUGUACUACAUCGACAUCGACGGUCUCGAUUCCCUGCACGAGGUGAUCGAGCAGCUCGAGAGGGAGGGCAAGCUGGUGCUGCUGUCGGGCGUCAACCUGGGCGUGUCGGCGCUCAUCUCCAAGGCCGACUGGUUCCUGCGCAUGGUGUCCGACGGCAAGGUGUUCGCCACCUACAUGGACGCCCUGGCCUCCAUCGAGGGCGGCGACGACGUCGAGCUCGGCAAGAUCGUCAACGUCCAGAACUUCUAA